GAUGAAGCCCAGGCUGCUGCUGUCCGGCGUGGACGUGCUGCCCACCAUCGAGGAGCUUUGGGAGGAGGAGGGGGACCUGCUGGACCUGGUCCACAGCAUGCAGGAGUACCUGGACUCCAUGCGGGAGCUGUCCCAGCCCGCCUGCUACCCGCUGCACGGCCCGCUAAGGGGCAGCCGCCGCCGCCGCUAUAGGCCUGGCGCCACCCCCCCCGCCGGCGGCGCCUGGCCCCCCCGGGACCCCGCCCAGGUGCUGCUCACGCUCAGGGACCCGCCCGGAUGCCAGCCGCUCCCCCCCCCACGCCGCACGCACAACCUGCUGGACAUGCUGGUGUCCCAGUCCCUGUUCGCAGGCCUGGUGCUGGAAACAGAGUUCCAGAUGUUCCUGUGCAGCUGGAAGCAGAGUUCAAGAUAUUUCUGUGAAGCUGGAAGCGGAAUUCCAGAUGUUUCCGUGCAGCUGGAGGCCGUGUGGUCAGGGCAGACCGGAGGCGUGGAGGCAGCCUCCAGCCAGCAGGGGGCGCCUACGGCCACAGAAAGCCACUUUAAAGCUGCAGACCAGAGCCCAGGCGGCUAA